UAUUAACGCUUUCUCACAAUUGAUCAUAUUGAGUAGGAAAUUACUAUAAUACCGUCACGGCGUCAUCAGUCACCAUAAGUAAAUAUUUGGAAUAUGGGGAUAUUUAUAAAGAAUCACUCGCAAAAAUAGCUGGCACGAAUCUUUUGGCCGAUUUCUGUCCAAAACUUGGAUCCUAUGGAGCACAUGCCCCACCACUAGUACAGUGUCUGCUCGCCUGCUCCCGCUUCAUUUAACGGCGGCGGUUGUGAAACAUUCAUUUUAAGUGUAGCUUUUGCCGAUACAAGACUGGUGACGGGAAGUGAUUGUGAUUUUUUUACCAAAAAUGCCGAAGAAAAACGGAAAUGCCGCUCUCCUACAUGGGGCUUGCAAGCCUAUUAUUGCCCAAGUUGACCAGAAAAAGGGCGGUGUAAACACUGUUAUAAUGACUAAUUUUAAGUGCGACCAAAAUGAAGUUCCUACUCAGUCAGCAAAUGGGUCGACUGUCCCAUUGGUGGAUACUCGGAGAGUUGACCCUGAAGUCGGAGCUUAUGACCCGUUCCAGCACCGUAAACUGGAUCACCCAACAUCGGACCUUGACACUCUCGUCCAUCUCCUCAAAGGUAGCCUGGGUAGCGGCAUCCUCGCCAUGCCGCUGGCCUUCUCCCACGCGGGCCUCUUUGUCGGCCUCAUUUGCACCUUCGCCAUAGGCAUCAUCUGCACGUAUUGCGUUCACAUCCUCGUCAAAAGCGCCCACACCCUAUCCAGGCGCAUGAAAGUCCCUUGCUUAGGUUUCGCCGAGGUGGCCGAGGCUGCCUUCCUUGCCGGUCCCAAAGCAUUCCACCAAUGGGCCAAAUUCGCGAAGGCCAUGAUCAAUCUCUUCCUCGUUAUAGAUCUGUUGGGUUGUUGCUGCGUCUACAUCGUAUUCGUCGCCAAAAACUUCAAACAAGUCGUCGACUUCUACACGGCAACAGAAUACCAUUACGACCUGCGGAUUUACAUGGCGGCUUUGCUGCCGUUGUUGAUCUGCAUCAAUCUCAUCCGAAACUUGAAGUAUCUGUCGCCGCUCUCCAUGGUUGCCAAUGUGCUGGUUGCCAUCGGUUUGGGCGUUACCUUCUACUAUGUCUUCACAGGCUUGCCUUCUGUGAGCUCUAGGCCUGCCUUCGCGAGUUUCUCUACUUUGCCAGGCUUUUUCGGCACUGCUAUUUUCGCUUUGGAAGGUAUCGGUGUAGUUAUGCCUUUGGAGAAUAACAUGAAGACUCCUAGCCAUUUCAUCGGUUGCCCUGGUGUUUUGAAUACUGGAAUGGCCUUCGUCGUUUCCCUAUAUGCUAUCACUGGGUUCUUUGGUUAUCUCAAGUAUGGAGAAGCUACGGAGAUCGGGAGCAUCACUUUGAACCUGCCAGAAGAAGAACCGCUAGCUCAGUCAGUGAAGCUGAUGAUUGCUGUGGCGAUAUUCUUCACGUAUGCCCUUCAAUUCUACGUUCCCAUGGAAAUCAUCUGGAAGUCGGUAAAAAAUAACUUUGAAAAGAAAACUUUGGCAGAAUACGGCAUCCGAGUUUCCUUAGUAGUGAUAACGGUACUUUUAGCCAUUUUGAUUCCAAAUCUCGGAGGUUUCAUCUCCCUAGUCGGUGCUGUGUGUCUGUCAAUGUUGGGAUUGAUAUUUCCCGCGAUCAUUGACUUAGUUACGAAUUACGAAGACCCAGGAUUGGGCAGGUUCCAAUGGAGGCUAUGGAAAAAUAUGUUCCUUAUCGGUUUCGGGCUCUUAGGGUUCGUCACCGGAACUUACGUCAGUAUACAAGAGAUCAUUAAAGGGUGAACUGACCCCCAUAAAAAGUGUUUCUAUCGUCGGCUUUCAGGGAGUCUGUCUUGACAGAAGCAACCACUGCCAAAGGGUAUUCCACACCGGCUGGAACCCGGUCUAAAACAAUGGUGGAUUAGCUGAAUCAUUAUCAUCAUUAUUAGUCAUCUCAAUUCGUUGUUUCACCAAUAACAGCAGCUAUUUUUUCGAAUAACUUAUUGAAAUUUCAAUCAUGCUACCCAAAUCACUAUUUGUUUCAUUACGGAGUCGUUUGCAGAGGCUUCUAGAUCCAAAAUCUUUAAUGUCUUGCUUUUUGCGGUUUUUAAUAACUAUUAGCCAAAUCGCAUGAAGCAAAACGCGCAAAGUUUGGAUUGAACGGCACUUAUACUGUCAGGUUAGGAAGAAACUCCCGUUCUCAUUGAAAAGAAGAAUGUUAUUUUUGAAUUGGAUCGGCACUUACUUGAUAGAAAUCUAUAGUUAUUGUAAAAACUCCACAAACGAUGAGAUUUCCACAAAAUACUUGAAAACACUAUUCUGAACAUGAAAUAAAUCUAUUCAUUGUACAAAUAUUUGAUUUCAACAAGCUACUGUGUUAGCGAAACAUGUUAUCGUAUUUUUGUGAAGUUUCGUAAAUGUUCAUCAAGUUGAAGCCGAUUCAAUUCAAAAUGAUCGUUUUGAUCGUUAUAUAUACAAGAAUUGAAAUCGCUUUGUUCUGGGAUGAAUAUGUCGUCAGUCUCAUAAAAAAAUAUUUAGUAUAGUUCCGACAUACAAAUAAAAUGUGAGGAAGUAAUGGGGAGAUCGUUAAACACUCCCAGAAUAUUGUGAACCAUAGGCGUUCAUGUGUAUCUUCACAAUCAUUCAAGAUCGGAUUUUAAAAAUAAGUGGGUUUCAAGUAUACCAAAUUGCUCAUUAAUUGACAAAAACAAUUGUUGUUCAAUCACGUCUGGUUUCACCAGAAACGACCCCAACUUUUGAUUUUCAUAACGAAUUCAACGAUACCGGGUUUGAUUGGGUUAUUUCAAACGCUUACGAGAGAGAAAGAAGUUUCGAAGUUUUCGAAGUCACACCCAUUGAGCUUAUGGAAACUAAGAAC